UUUGGGGCUGGAACAUUCCUGGUUUGACGAUCAGGCUACGAACUGCUGCCAUGAUUUGCUGAGCAAUUCGAUACUGGUUUCACGGAUGUGUCUGUGGAAAAAGACAGUUGUAGUGGAAGGCAGAGCGUACGAGUAGGGAAGGGAAUGAGAGGUAUACACACAGAGCACCGUAACUUUCCCAAGAGUAGCGUCCGGAGUUAAAGGAGCAACCUUUUCUGCGUCUUUGCACUUUUAUUUCACCGGGACGUUUCCAGCCAGCUCAGUUUUUAAGUACCCACUCAGCGAAAAGUUCGGUUUUCUUUUUCUCAACUAUUCCGCUGCACUUUGCGCCCGCGUCUAAUGGAGGGCCCAGUUCGGAUUUUCUGCCAUAAGAAUGCGCGUUUCUGCUAGUUUCUCCAGAUUCCUGCAACUAUUACCCUCCUGUAGAAGGCUCGGUGUGUCUCUGGUUGGGGUGUGCUGGUCGUCCGGAGCCGGAUUGGCUGGUGGAGGAGGAGGAGGAGGAGGUGGUGGUGUGGAGGAGCACCAUGGCCCCUGGCCUGAGGGUGCUGCCUGCGGUGCUCUGCCUCACCCAGGCCCUGCUCUUUAGCUGCGCUUACUCGUCGUCUCUGUCCUUCAUCUCUGAGCCUGUGUCGGUGAUCCAAAAACAAGGCGGUGUGGUCCAGCUGAACUGCUCGGCGCGGCCGGGCUCUGCCCGCGUGCGGUGGCUCCUCAGUGGGCAACCGCUGACACAGGAGGCCCUGAGGGGCGUGGAGCUCCUGGAGCCUGGAACCCUUACCCUUCCCUCUCUACAGCCAGAGCAGCAGGGAGACUACCAGUGCCUGGCCCAGUCCGAUGCCGGGGUUAUCAUCAGCCGGAAGGCUCGCGUGGAGAUAGCAGACAUCAAGGAGUUUGGCGAGACUCAUCGGCGCGUCUUGCUGGUGUCGGCGGGCAGCGCUGCUGUGAUCGAGUGCCAGCUGCCCCCCAGUAGCCCUGCCGCCCUGCCCCGCUACCGCAUCAAGGGACGGUGGCUGGAGGAGUCCACUGAUGAGUAUGUGCUCCUCCCGUCUGGAAACCUCCAGAUCAUCAGUGUUACCCAUGAGCACCAGGGCAUGUACAAAUGUGGAGCCUACAACCCCGUCACCAGGGAAACCAGAGUGGAGGCUCAUGGGACCAAGUUGGUGGUAAAAGAUGAACCUGCCCCUGUAGCGAUGGUCUACCCCGCCACCCCCGUCAACGUGACCGUGGAACAGUCCGCGUCUCUCACCUUGGAAUGCUUCCUGUCUGGGGAUCCAUCAUCCGCUGCUGUCAAGUGGAGCCACAAUGGCAGGGAGGUGUCACCGGGUUCAAGGAGAAGAAGACUCCUCCACAGGAACCUGGUGCUGAGCGACGUGACCCCGGGGGACAGUGGCACGUACCGCUGCUCCCUGCGAACGGACACGGACACCGUGGCCAGCGCCAACUAUACUGUGAAUGUGCUUGAGCCGUCAUCACUCGUUGCUGGAUUGACUGACAGGGUGUCACCUCUCAAUUCCUCGGUGCAAUUUACCUGUCAAGCGAAGGGGAACCCAGCCCCCAACGUCACCUGGCUCUUCAACUCUCUCCCCGUCGGCCCAUCACCGCGCCUCCAGGUGUCCGGCUCUUCUCUCCUCAUCUCCUCCGUCCGACAGCAGGAUGAGGGCAUGUACCAGUGCCUGCUGGACAACGGGAUUGGCUCGGUGCAGUCGAGUGGCAGCCUUACUGUCCAAUCAGGCCCGAGUGCUCCGCCCGUCAUCCUGUCCAGCCCGGCGAGCACCAGCGUGGCGGAGGGCGACGCGGUGACCCUGCACUGCAACGCCAGCGGCCAGCCCCUGCCCGUCAUCCGCUGGCACAACUCCGCCGGCCCCAUCGCCACCGACCCUGCCCUGCUGCUCUUGCCAGAGCACCACCACCACCACCAGGGCGGCGCUCCCAGGGCAGCCCGCGCCCAGAGGGCAGGAGCCAGGAGAGCGAGGCAGGGGCAGGGGCCACCGCGGCACCCACUCAUGGCUGCUGGCGACGGGCCGCGCCACCUCGUCAUGUCCCGGCCGGGCACCAGCACCCUCUUCAUCCAGGAGGCCACGGAGGCCCACGCAGGGACGUACGUGUGCGAGGCCUCCAACCAGGAGGGCACGGCGCGGGUCGAGGCUGUGCUGACAGUGGAUCCUCAGCCAACCUCCGUGACGCCGGCGACGCCUGGAGACGGAGGAGAAACGGCCCUGCCCUCCAUCCACCCUUUCCAGAGCGACGAGGGGGACGACCUCUUCCUGUCUCUGGACAAGGAGGAGGAGGAGGACGGGCUGGGGCUGGGGCUGGGGCUGGGGCCCGGUGGCGACCCACUGGUGCUGCCCGCCGAGAGGACCACCGGCGACCGGCCCACGCCCGAGGCGCCCGUCAUCACCAGCCUACCGAAUACGCACAACCCCGACAUCUACGACCUGGAGUGGAAGGCCGUCAAGGACACGGACCUCCCCAUCAACGCCUUCUUUGUCAAGUACCGCAAGAUUAACGAGAUGGGAAACGUGCUGGACAGCUGGCACACCAUCCGCGUGCCGGGCAGCGAGAACACGCUGCGUCUGAACGACCUGGACGCCUCCAGCCUGUACGAGGUGCUCAUGGUGGCACGCAGCGCCGCGGGGGAGGGACAACCCGCCAUGCUCACCUUCCGCACCGGCAAGGAGAAAAGCACUUCCUCCACCAAGAACCAAUCCAAAUCCGAAGUCAUUCCUGUACCCUUGCCUCCCCAGUACCUUCCAAAAGAACCCAGAGAUGUCCCCGAGGCGCCUGAUAGGCCCACUAUCUCCAUGGCUACCGAGAGUUCCGUGUACGUCACGUGGAUCCCUCGGGCCAAUGGCGGCUCUCCGAUCACGGCGUUCCGCGUGGAGUACCGCAAGCAGGGAGUGCGAGAGUGGAUGAUCGCCGCCGAUAACAUCUCGCCACUCAAACUGUCUGUGGAGGUUCGGAACUUAGAACCUGGUUCCACCUAUCGCUUCAAGGUGUAUGCCAUGAACAUGUAUGGGGAGAGCCCCCACAGCGCCACCUCCAGGCCCUACCAGGUGUCUCCAGCCAACCCCUCCAUCUCCAACCGGCCCGUCAACGGACCUCACAUCUCCACCACCGACGCUGUCAGUGACACGCAGAUCAUGCUGCGCUGGACUUACACACCAUCCAGUAACAACAACACACCCAUUCAAGGCUUUUAUAUCUACUACCGGCCCACGGACAGCGACAAUGACAGCGACUACAAGAGAGAUGUGGUGGAAGGCAACAUGCAGGGGCACCUGAUUGGUCAGCUUCAGCCUGAGACCUCCUAUGACAUCAAGAUGCAGUGCUUUAACGACGGCGGAGAGAGCGAGUUCAGUAAUGUCAUGAUCUGCGAGACCAAAGCGCGCCAGCCCCCAGGCCUCCCCAGCCAGCACCCCAUCACUCCCCCUGGGUCCGAGCCCCCGGAAGCCUCCUCCAACGGCGGGAUCACCCUGUCGGUGAUCGUGACCUCCGUGCUGGUGGUGAUGGUGCUCAUCCUUCUGGCUUUCAUCGCCAUGUGCCUGUGGAGGAACCGCCAGCAGAACAGCAUGCACAAGUAUGACCCUCCCGGCUACCUGUACCAAACGGCGGAGAUGAACGGCCACGUGCUGGACUACGCCGCCCUUCCCGGCGCCAGCCGCCUCAACGGCUACGGCCACAGCACCCCCAUGAUGACCCAGGGCUGCCACCACCUGCACCACAAGGUGCCCAACGGACUGGCACUGCUCAACGGCAACGGCGGCCUUUACCCCGCCAACCACACCCACGGGCACGACGCCACUACCACCAUGCCCCACAGCCCCAUGGACUACGAGCACUCGCACCCCCAUCACAUGCACAACGGAGGAGCUCUGUACACAACAUUGCCCCAAUCAGACGGCUCUGACUGCAUGAGCUGCCAGAACUUCUGCAACAACAACAGAUGCUACAGUAAAUCCAGCAGUCCUUGCUCCGGUAGCGCGCUGCCCUUAAUGCACCGUGUGGCCCCGUGCCAACAGCAGCAGCAACAGCAGCAGCAGCAACAGCAGCACCAGUCGUCUGGAGACAGCCUGGAGAUGGUCCCCCUAAGCCACCUCCCCACCCCCCAGUGCUACGUCAACCCUGGCAGCCCCCAGCUGCCACCCCACCACCACACUCACCCUGACAGGCCCUACCAGCUGGAGGGGGGGGACCAGCAGCAGCAGGGCAGCAGCAGUGUUUGCGCUCCUCUGCCCCCCACCUCCAUCUCCCAGAAUCCCCCUGGGGAACAAGAGCCCAGCGUGCCCAGCGUGGAAGACGGAGAGGAGCAGGUGGAGGUGCAGGUGGAGGUGCAGGUGGAGGAGCCGGAGGAGGAGGCGGUGGUGUGCUGGAUGAGCAUGAGCCUGGGCCUGGCUGACCUGGACUGUAAAGAGAAGGUCAACUUCCUCUCCUCCAACUCCCUCACCGGGGACCUCAUCCAGCCCGCCGCGCAGGAGGUCUGAGGAGACGGUAGAGGGGAGCGGAGCGGAGGAGAGGGGAGGAGCGGAGCGGAGCAGGGAGGAGGCCCAGACAAGAGGAGGGACAACACGGACACACACACACACGCACACACCACAGGAGGUCUGAAUCAUCCCAGAGAAGAAGACAUACACACACUCUCAUGCACACACACACACACACACACAAAUACAGUAUCUACAUUGAGUGAAAAGGAGAAGACACAUACACACUCAUGUUCACACACACACACACACACACACACACACACACACACACACACACACACACACACACACACACACACACACACACACACACACACACACACACACACACACACACACACACACACACUGCGUACCCAGAGGGAGUGAAGAGGACAUUGGAGAUGAUGUUGAAAUGGAGGACAGAGGGCAAACACUAGCAUGAUCAGUGACUAACGUGCGACACUAAAGACACUACGGAAAUUGCUUCCUGAGCUGAGAAUGAGAAAGUGCUCGAUAAAAAAGUGUGCGUGUCUGCUUCUAUAUAUAGUAUAUAUAUGUAUGUAUGUCUGCAGUGUGUGUGUGUGUGUGUGUGUGUGUGUGUGUGUGUGUGUGGAUGGGAGAGAGAGUGAGAGAGUGAAAGAGAGAAGAAAAAACGAGUGUAAAGAAAGGACUUCAUGGUCAGAGGGAGCAAAAAGCAGCACGCUGAAGAAAACGACACAGAACUGAAACUACUACUCCAUUUGGGAGGCUUAUCAGAGAAAAAAAAAGAAGAAAAGCUUAGAUGACUUAUUUAUUUUUUUGUAGUAGUGAUAUAUUAUUUCAUAUGAAUGUAUCUUGUUUUUAAAAAAAUGUUCAUCUUUUAUAUUAUUUAUGGUUUCUUUGUUCGUUGAAAAAGAUAAUUUUAAUUCUUUUUUUGUUUCUUUGUUUUCCUUUUUUUCGUGUUCCACGGAUGAGUGGAUUUUAGCCAUUGUAUGUGUAAAAAUUUUGUAUUACAAGGAGAUGAUAUGAA